AUGCAGAAACAAGAAUUAUUGUCAGAAAAAGCAAAGGCUGAAGAAGAGCGAAAAAUCUUUGUCAAAGUAAUGACUGAGAAGAAAGCAACAGAAUGCGCAAAGGUGGUGAAGCAGGCAAGAAUAUUAUUACUGCAAAAGAAGCCCUUAUGCCGACGAAUUAAUAGUGCUUUCCUCACCUCCGAGUGUUUCAGAGAACUGGAGGCCCAAGUGAAGUUCCAGAAGAUUAUUAAAAAUAUAGAUAAAGAACAAGAUGUAGCAUAUGCUGAUUUUAUUAAGACGAAUGUUAUAAGAUACAAGAAGCAAAAAAAGCAAGAAGCUGAAGAGCAAGCGAGACAGAUAAGAAAUUAUAGAAUGGAUUUGAGGAGACAGAUUGAAACUUAUAAAUACGACGAUAAAAUAAAAGCGGCGGAGGAAUUGAAGAAUGAAAAACAAGAUCUAAAUAAUAUGUGCCAAGAAUUGAAAUAUACGAAAGAAAUGGAAAUGCAAAGAAUAGCGAACAGAAAGAAAAAAUUUCAUCAAUUGCUAAAAAAUGCACUAGAGGAUAAAAAACGAUUUGAACUGAAAUUAAAACAUGACGAAGAGAUCCAGGAUCUGGAGUUGGAAAUCUUUGGCAAGACUAAAAACCGAAUACAGGAAAUACAUAAAUCGAUAAAAAUGAGAGAAACAAAAGAGAGAGAAUGUCAGAAGCAGAUCGCAGUGGGACAUUAUGGCGCAAUUGCACAAAUCUGCGAAAAGAAAGAACGAAGAAUCUUACAAAAAACUAAGGAAGAGACCGAAGCGACCGAAGUAGAACAGUUAAAAACGAAUAAAAAAAGAGAGGAAGAAAUAUAUGCUCGCAGGAAAGAAUAUAAGUUUCAAGAUCAAGCGUCUAAAAUAAAAACAAAGGAUCGAAGACAAAAAGAGAAAGAACUGAGAAAAUGGGAGAUGAUGCAAAGAUUUAAGAAGGACGAAUUUGACAAACAAAACAACUCAGAAGAGAAUAAGCGACAAUGGCAGCAAAAAUUAGCAUAUAGAAAGGAAUUACAAAAAGAUAUCGAGGCCGUGAAGACGUUGAAGAUGACAAGCGCUCUGGACGCCUCAGCACAUCAACAACCGAUGACAACGUCGAAAAAGUGA